AUUUGCCGGUUAUGCCCUGCUGUAAAAGCCUUCUUCUUUCUCUGCAGUGUAUUCGGCUUUAUCGUUGUCAGUUUUUGUAGCAAUUGUCUCCUGUAGGUGAGCGGUGACGCCGGCGAUGGUUGGGAGGAGUUUCACAAGUGAAAUUCAAAGGGUUGAGUCGUUCGACGUUCAUCACGAACCGAGUGCUGUUAUCUUUGCGGGGCUGAGACGUUCGGGCGGGCAGGACUCGGCCGAACGCGAACAGGUUUCGCCAGGGCUGGUUUUCGCCUUUAAGCUGAAUAGCUUUGGGUGGGGUUUCGCCGACACCAGGAAUGUACCGCGGAUGCGUUCGCUGAACAGGGGGUGAAAAUAACCGACUUUUUCGGAACGGAAAAAAAGUUUCUUUACCGGCGACUGCAAGUAACAACAAACGUAAAGGUUGUUUUCCCUGCUCCACCAUGGCCCACCGCUCACAGAGUUCUUCAUUGGGCGACAACCCCCUGGAUCCCAAUUACUUGCGUCCGCAUUACAGAGAAGAGUAUCGCAUGGCUAUUGAUGCCCUGGUGGAGGAGGACGUUGAGGGCUAUUACAACUUUUUACAAAGUGUUAAUGUAGUUGACUUUUUAUCAAGGUCAGAGAUUGAGCAUAUUAAAAGCACUGUGCAAUCACCACAGAGUGCUGGAAAUGUACCAGAACUGCCAUAUCGAGAAAUAGAUCAGGAUGCGUCUUCUGACACCUACUGGCCACUGCAUUCUGACUUGGAUGCACCAGGACUAGACCUUGGCUGGCCUCUGCAGCAACAUAGUUUUGUGGGGCCCACAGAGGUCACAAUGUUGGUAAACCCUGCUGACCCUGAGCGGCCCAGCAUUAAAGAGCAGGCCCGGCAACUCAUCAAAAAUGCUCAUCAGGUAAUUGCAGUGGUAAUGGAUAUUUUCACAGAUGUUGAUAUAUUUGCCGAUCUUUUGGAUGCUGCAGUACGUCAUGUGCCUGUCUACAUUCUGCUGGAUGAACAAAAUGCCCAUCAUUUUGUUAACAUGGUGGCAAGCUGUAAAGUUAACCUGGAUAUGAUCCAUAUGAUGCGGGUACGGACAGUGGCAGGCAUUACCUAUUUCUGCCGCACAGGAAAAUCAUUUAAAGGUCAAGUGAUGGACCGUUUUCUUCUGACAGACUGCAGAGCAGUGAUCAGUGGAAACUAUAGCUUUAUGUGGUCUUUUGAGAAGAUCCACCGCUGCAUUGCCCAUUUGUUCCUUGGAGAACUAGUUGCCACAUUUGAUGAAGAGUUUCGUAUCUUGUUUGCUCAGUCUCAGCCUCUUGUUAUUGAAAAUUCCCUUGUACCCAUGCCACAAGACAGUACAAGUAGUUACCUUGGCAACCAGUUUGGCUUAAAAAGGACUCAGUCACUAAGGAAUCCCAGAGGAUAUCCUCGCCAGCCUGAACUUACUGGUUACCCAUUUGGGGAUCGUCUUGACACCAUACCAACUUUUCGGAGGGAUGACCCGUUCCGCCAUACACUUGAACCAAGUGCAGGUCCUAUGCAGGUCACCAAAUAUGCAACACAGCAGUUCAGGAUGCAGCAGUCAUUCUUGGAUCCAGGACGCUCAAUGUUAGCCUCCAGGCAGCUGGAAAUGAAUGCCUUUAAGAGGCAUAGCUACGCCGAGGGCACCCGUGAGACCUACGCCUCCUCCCGUCAGUACAUGAAACAGCGUGUAAUGAACAACUUGGAGGAGAUGGAAUCGCAUUACCAGCGAGAACAACAAUACUAUCAUAGUGAGGGCAUGGGACCGGAUUCUGAGCGUGGGCACUAUGACCGCCUUAACUACGGCAUGUACCAGACAGAUCAACACUCUGAUCCUGCAUAUCCUCCUGAACUUGAAGCACCAGGAAAUCUGAAUGUUUUAUCCUCUGACGACCUCAAAAGUGAUUCAGAAAAACAUUACAUCUCAGGAGGGGGACGAUACGGUCCUCAAACCCACCAGAGGCCUGCUGCGGGCCAUGCAUAUGCCUGUCAGAGUUCGCCGACUCAGACACAUCCUCCAGACCACAAGCAGUUGUUCUCCACUGGAGAGCAGGUACGGCAGUCCCAAGACCCCAGUGUGAAGCAGGGAUUGCGGAGCUGGAGAAUCAACUCUUAUCUCAGCACUUAUGAAGAUGCAGGAGAGGAGGGCCUGCAUCAGCCAAUGGGUCCAGAUGCUUUUGAUGAGCCACAUCAACAACCUGACAGCAGACUUUAUAGCUCAGAGGGACCAGGCCUUCAUUUAAGAGAGCGUCCGAAUAUCCCAACUAAGCCAAACCUUGACUUGCGGCCACGCUUUGGUAAACCCAUCAUACAAGAUAGGAAUCAAGUGAGAGAUAUUAGCUCUGACCUGGGUCCCACAAGUACUGACACAUUAAAACCAGCCAUUUCAGCUUCAUCACUAGCAUCUUCAACAGACAAUGAGAAGGAGCCAGAACCGAGGGAAAUCAGCAUUACCAAGCAUGAGUCGUUCCGAUCUCGAAUUAACCCAAUGCUGCAAAGGAGCUCAAGACUAAGGUCUUCUUUAAUCUUCAGCUCCUCAAAGCUGGAGCAACACAGCUCCUCGCAAGCCAAGUCUGGUGGCGAGUUACAGGAGGAAAAAGAUGAGAGUGAGCCUAUUCGAUACUCAUCUAUUGUGGCAGAAAUUCUGGAAAAGAGGAGAUCGUUGUCAAGAGAGCCGUUUGACUGGAAUAAGCAUAAAAAAGCAGAUGAAAAAGAUGUUAAAAAUGCAUCAACAGGAGAUCUGACAACGAUCAGAGACGCCAAAGAAAAGCCCAUCAAAGAAAAAGAGCAACCUGAGAAACCUGACAACCCUGAACCUGAGGACAACAAAAUUACACAGCCAACAGAGCCUUCGAGAUCUCAGCAAACAACUUCUUCCCUAAGCAUGAAUGAUCCAGCAAGCAGACUUCAGUACUUCAAAAAUUUGGAAGAAAAGAGAAAGAGCUCAAAAUUAGAGUUAGAUUUGGGUUCUAAAAGUCGAGAAGCAGACAUGAAAAAGCCAGACCUCUCUGAUACAGCAAACAAAGUUCCAAAUGUGCUUGUUACUUCAGAGUUGUCCACUGUAAAGACACAAGAGCCAUCAGUUACGCUAACAGAUCCUGUACCACAGCGCCUGGUGAUUGCAACAAAACCAUCUGAAGUCUCUGUGGACAGGCAGCUCAUGAACAGCAAAACAGAGAGCACAGCUGAUGCAUCAAAGAAAGAGCCCGCUAAGGAACCAACUAAGUCACUUCGGCCUUUCCCUUCAGCCAAGUUCUUAAAACCAUUUAAAGCCUCUCAAUCUUCUCAUCGUCGUAUCUCAUGCGGUGAGGAGAUUCUUACGGACGCAACAGAUGCUGAAAAGAGUGAGCUUAAGAAGUCUCGCAGCUUCAGCUCAUCGGGCAUCACCCGUGCAGAGUCCAAAGAAAGCCUGAGCUCCCUAAACCUUGGGAACUCUGAUGGCAAAGAUACAAAGGCCCUUGAUUUCCUCAAGAAACAAACACAGAGAUUAAAGGGUUUCCUUGGGCCAAAGGGAGAAAAGAAGCACUCAGGAGUCUCCAGCUCUCAAGAGGACAAGUCAAUGAAAACAGUCCCUGAGGUGCAAGAGGAGCCCUCAGACAAAGAGAAACCAUCUGAAUCCAUAUCAUCUUCAACCACAGUAGAGAACAACAAACCCAAUGCUAAACCGACUCCAACACGCUAUCAGUCCUCUACAUCAAAUGUGAUAUUCAGCAGCAACCUCAGGGAUGAUACCAAGGUGAUCCUAGAGCAAAUCUCAGCAAAUAGCCACAAGAAUAGAAAGCAGAAUGAAGAGUCUGGGAAAGGCGGGGGGGGCAAGGAAGAAGAAGUUUCCAAUUCAUCCUUCCAAUUUCAAAACCGGAGCGGGGUCAGCCGAACUACAGUAAAUCUACAGGAGAGGGACAAUCUGCUGAAGAGAAUAGAGAGUAUGCGCAAAGAAAAGAAGGUCUACAGUCGUUUCGAGAUGGGGAAUAACCUGGGAUAACAAAAUAUGGAUGAAGGCGGCCAAUGUUCCUCACAGAGAACUGUAAAGAGUACCUG